UUCAUUGAUCGUUGCAAUCUGUUGUGCUUUUUGCAUGUUUACAUUUUCUGAGAAAUUAAAAAGAAUUGAAUACUAAUUGUUGGUCACAGGAUUUUGACGAAUGAGCUGGAGUUCAAAUAUUCUUUGAUUAGUACUGGAAAGUUUUCACCUUGUCUUAAUAAUGGAUAGAGGCCAAAGUGAAUUAACAGAUAAAAUCAGAUCUGCUAUUAAAAAGAAGCUUAUUGAAAUAAACGCUUUCGUGGAUAAUGAACUUCCCGAUUAUAUAAUGAUUUUAGUUGCAAAUAAGCGCAGUAAAGCUCACAUGGAAAAAGAUUUAGCUUUAUUUUUAGGUAAAGAUACUGCGGACUUUACUAACUGGCUAUGGGAUUUAGUAAAUAAUCUGAAAGUCAAUUUAAAAUCUAGACAAAAUGGAAACGUAUCGAAAAGUGAUGAUGAAACAACUAGAAAAGAUCUGAGUGAUGAAGAUGCUGAUAUAUUAGAUUAUGAUCUGGGUGAACAGGAAGGAGAUUUAGACCAAGAUGACAGCAGUUUAGAUAAUCGGUUAUUGCUUACUGAACACUCCGAAAUAUCUAAGUCUUCAACUGUGCAGACUUCUGCAUCUAGUGAAAGUGCAUUGACUAAAAACGUAAAUCGUAAAAAAGCAAGUCCAAAAGCAAAGGUUUAUCCUGUGCAAGCUGUUGCUAGAGUGCAUCCAUCCUCGAUGUUGAAGCCAGCCCCUCAAAAAAUCAACCCCAGAGAUGAGUAUGGUCCAAUAAAAUCUGAGUUUGCUGGAAAUGUAUCUAGUGUGGUACAUGUUUCUCAAAAAAAUUGUACAAGACCUUCUUUAAAAGCUAAUAAGUUACUUCUACGUGCAGUUGAUGAUGCUACUAAGUCAGUUUUAGAUGGUAAAAGUAUAAAUGAUUACUAUAAACCAACACCUAUAAAGGUAUUAUCACCGAAUAUAAAAGAAUCCAAUGAUUCUUCCAGACUUUAUAAUCCUGUUCACAAAAAGAUUAAUGCUAGGUUAGAUCUGAAUUCUGAAAUUAAAAUGGAAUAUGUAGAGCCACCAAAUUUUGUUGAAAACAGUAAUGAUUCAAAUGUAAAUAUGUUAGAGAAUGAGCAUUAUAUAGUGUGUGAAAUGUCCCCAAAAAAUCGCACAAUAUGUUUGCCCACUUUAAAUACAGACUUGGAUAUAGAUAGUCUGUCUUCAUCAUUUGUGGAAGAAAGAUCAAAGUCUCCACAUUUCAUUGUUACAUUGGAUGGUGUUGACUUUUCUUCUUUUAAAAGGAAAUAUUCAGAUUAUAGUGAUGAGAGUGUAGAACUUGAUGAAGAAGGGCUUUUUGCAACAAAUGUGAAGGUCAACGAUGUAACAUUUGCAAAAAAGCAGAAAAUAAUCGAACGAUGUAAAUACUGGCCUGCUUGUAAAAAUAAUGAUAACUGUGUAUAUCAUCAUCCAACCAAACCUUGUAAAAGUUUUCCUGACUGUAAAUAUGGUGAUAAAUGUUUGUAUAUUCAUCCAAAUUGUAAAUUUGAUUCAUUAUGUACUAGAAAGGAUUGUCCUUUCACUCAUGCAAGCAAAAGAACUUUUCAAGCACAACCGCCUGUACCUGUAAAAAUGCGAAAAUCAAAAAUCAUUUGCAAGUUUUAUCCAAAAUGUAUUGUAAAAAACUGUCCUUUUAUACACCCGAAAUUGUGUCGCUAUGGAACUAAUUGUAGACUCCCUGUAUGUCCUUAUAGUCACAUUAAUAUUCCUUCACGUAGCCAACUGAAAUGGAAAGCAGAUGCUUCUUUGAAUUUGUAAAUAUGUUAAAGGUAUUAUUUGAACCAUGUUAAACUGAACAAGUAUGUUGUGUAAAUAUACAUAAUAAUUUGUACAUUCUUUGACAUCUAAAUGUCCUACUUACAUGUAUGUGUUCAUUCAUUUGUAAUUUUUUUUUUUGUUAUUUUGUUGACUUUUGUGAAUAUUGGGUAUAUAUUAAGGGAAUGUUGCAUAUGUUAUAAUUAUUGACAUAAUUCUACAUCACCCAGUUCAUAUUAAACAAAGUUUCCAAUCCACAUUUUGUAUGAUUGUUUUAAUAAUGAAAUAUUUAUUGUAUUGGAUAUAUAGUAAAAUUAAAGUUGAUGGGGAUAAACAGUGUCAAUGUUUUAAUCUAAAGCAUUUAAAAAUUAGUUAUUUUUUGCAACAUUUUUAUUAGACAUGAAAAAUUUUAAUAAGAUCACAAA